UAUGCUAGCUGACCAUUAUUUUUGUUCAGGACUUGUCAUUUUCUGUUUUUAUAGAUUAAUGGGUGGUCAUCAAUACUGUCACCAAUAACCAUAUUAAUUUAACAAUAUAAGAAAUAAUUUUGUAGAAACCCUCUCUUUAUGACAAGGAACUAUGAUCUUUUAAAUAGGAAAAUUAGUGAUAGUCUCCUCGGUGGUGUCAAUUUGCAUAAUUUUGUAAUGUGCAUAAUUCAGUAAUGUCCAUAAUUUGGAAAUUUUACAAUGUGAACAAAAUGAGAGGACACAAUCUAAUAAUGUUGUAGUUAAUAGUAAUUGAGGGCAAAAAUUUUAUUUAUUCUUUUUUUUUUUUUUUGUAAUUACUAAUUUUGUUUACUAACAAGAGAAAUGGAUAUAUGGAGUAUUGGAGUUUAUACAUACUUUAAAGUAAAUGAAUUGUUUCAAUGCAUAUAUUUGCAAGUUGGAUUUGUUAAUUUAUCUACAUGUACCUAAUGUAUUACUUUAUAUGAAUGUUUGACUUGAAAAGAAAAGGAAGAAAAAAUGAAACAGCUGGAAUAUAUAUAUAUAUAUAUAUUUAUAUGUUUGUGCAUAUAUGUUUGUUUGACUGUGAUGAUCAUUGACAAUUAGAAGUCCAUAGAACGUGAUCUGUAGUGCUUUAAAAAUGUGUUAGAUCUCUGCUGUAAUAAUUAAUCUGACUAAUUCUUAAUAUUUUAAUAAUUUCCAUUUCUCUUUUCUAUAGGAUACAUAAUUUCUACUUGCUUGAUUCAUACUACGAUACAUAUUUAAUUUUCAUACCAUUGAAUACUGUGUAAUUGAGAAGGAGAAAUGCUAAAGGAUAUCAGUAGUAUUUGAUAAUUUUUUAUAUGGUAAUAUCGCUAUUGGUUUGAUUAAGUAUAGAAUUUUAUAUACUUUAAUGUAAUAAUUUUUAAAAACUAUCAUAUCUAAAAUAGUAAAUACUGCUGCUACACAAUUAAAAACUUAUUAAAGCCAAGUGUGCAUAUAAAUAUAUAUAUAGUAUAUAUUUAUAUACGUAAUAACGUUUCGAUCAUUUGAAUACUUGAAAUCAACCAAUUUAAUUUGCCCCCCAGCAAAUACGUACAGCUAUUGUAGUACUAAUUAACAAAAGCAAUGAAUCUAAUGAUGCCUUAUAACUUAUAUACAUAUUUAUAGCUUCAUGACUUUACAUGAUUCUGAUCAAUAUAUAUAUAAGAGACCACAAUAAAAUUAAGUCGGCCAAAGCUUAUUAUUCUUUACAAAAACAAAUGAUUGAAGAUGUUAAAACAUUUCCUCUUCGUUGCAUACCUUACUGUUCUUCUAGCCUCAACAUUUCUUGUUCAAGCUCAAACUCAAUCAGGCUUCAUCAGCAUAGAUUGUGGAAUGCCAAAGAACUCGACUUACACAGACAAAACAACUGGCUUAACAUAUGUAUCAGAGUCUGAUUUUAUUGAAACCAACUUAGGUGAAACCAGUUCCAUAUCACUCGAAUACCUUUCAGAUACUCUUGAGCAGCAAUUUUCAACUUUAAGAAGUUUCCCACAAGGAGACAAAAAUUGUUACACCCUAAAGACAUCAAAUGGGAAAGGAAACAAAUUUCUAGUAAGGGCAAGGUUCUUGUACGGAAAUUACGAUGGAAAAAUGACAGUACCACGGUUUGAUUUAUACAUUGGAGCCAACAAAUGGGGAACUGUGAAAUUGGAUAAUGCAUCCAUAGCUGCAACAAAGGAGAUCAUACAUAUUCCAAUUUCAGAGUAUAUAUUUGUAUGUCUAGUAAAUACUGGACAUGGUACACCUUUUAUUUCGGCUUUGGAGCUUAGGCCUUUGAAGAAUAAUUUGUACACUCCUACUACAGCCGUUCUCUAUCGACGGUUGGAUGUAGGGUCGAGAAGUAAUACGUCAAUAAGGUACAAAGACGAUGUUUAUGAUCGUAUAUGGCAGCCUUUCAAUUUCCCAGAACGCAAAGUAUUAAGCACAUCAUCAAAAAUAGACUUAAAUACUAGAAGCAUUUACGAGCCUCCAUCAAAUGUUAUGGGCACAGCUAUGUCACCAGCCAAUGUGACAAGUCCUUUAUUUUCAUUUUACUUAAGUCCGGAUGAUCCCAUGGCUGAAUAUUAUGUAUAUAUGCACUUUGCGGAGUUGGAAAAGCUCCAACCCAAUGAGUCGAGACAGUUCAGAAUCUAUGAAAAUGGUGAGUUUUGGAAUGGUGAUGACAAACCUUUUACUCCUAAGUAUUUGCAAACCACUACUUUAUCCAGCCUUGCAUCUGUGAGGGCCGAUAGUUCAUCCAUAAACUAUGACUUCUUCCAAUACUCCACAUCUACACACCAACCCAUCCUCAAUGCUCUUGAGGUUUAUAUUAUUCAGAAUUUCUCAGAGCCACAAACGCAUGAUAAUGAUGUUGGUGCUGUGUUGAAUAUCAAAUCUAUGUACGGCGUACAGAAAAAUUGGCAAGGGGAUCCAUGUUCUCCAAAAAUAUACACAUGGGCUGGUCUUGAUUGCAGCUUUAGUGGUCAAGAUUCAGUUAGAAUCAUAUCGUUAAACCUAUCUUCAAGUGGAUUGACGGGGGAGAUAGCAUCCUCCAUAUCUGAUCUUACCAUGAUACAAUUUCUGGAUUUAUCAAAUAACAACUUGAGCGGAUUUGUACCUGAAUUUCUUUCUGAACUACAGUUCUUAAAAGUUUUAGAUUUGAGUGGAAACAACCUCACAGGAUCAAUUCCAAGUGACCUCAUUAAAAAAUCCAUCAAUGGCUCGUUAUUACUAAGUGUUUCGGGAAACAAGGAUCUUUGUUCUUCACCUUCUUGCCAAAAGAUAAAGAAGAAAAAAUAUAUAGUUCCGAUUGUAGCAUCAAUUGCUUCUUUAUUAGCCCUCUUAGUUGCAUUCUUUAUUGGCUGGAGGCUUAUUAUCAAAGGAAGAAAAAAAGGUAAUAAAUAAAAAACAGAAGUUAGAGUCUUUUUCUAUUGAAGGCGAUGAGUCGAAGAGAGGCCCCGACUGAAUGUGUGUGUGCAUGUGAUGAUAACUAUUGAUAUUAUAAUUAGAUGUAAAAAGAAUCCUUGGUUCAUUUAGAAUUUUAAAUUAUGUUUUCAAGUUUAUGCUUUGUUAGUCAUAUGUUUUAUUUCAAAGCUCAAUAUUACCGUUUCAGUUAGAUGCAAUAACAUGUUUACUUUGGAUAUGCGAUUAAAGAUCAUUAAGGGCUUG